AUGACAGUUCAGGAAUCAUUUUCCUUCCCCCUACCCUUUCCACGAAGCAGCGGCAGAGGGGGGCGAUAUUCUAGCCGAGGGGGCGGGGACAGCAGCUACGAGGGGCGAGGGGGGAGGGGGGGGUACAACUCUGCGGGGAGGGGAGCGGGCGGGGGGCGAGGCCCAGGUCGCGGGCACGGCGGCGACACGAUUACCUUCAGCGCCUGCAAGUUCUACGCCGCGGGGAACUGCGACCGCGCGGCCAGCUGCCGGCACCGACACGCGGUGCAAAAGGUCAGCGAGGCCGUCGUGUCGGAGGAGUCGGAUGGCUUCCGGGGGGCGGUGCGGUCCCUCGUGCAGUGGAAGGACAAGCCAGACCACGUCUUUUCGGCCUGCGACGAUGGUACAGUGAAGAUGUGGUCGACAACGGACGGGUCUACGUGGACUCAGGUGACUUCGGUCCAGAUGACCGAGUGGCGGCACGUGGGCGACCUCCAGGAGGUUGAAGGCGUGCUUUAUGUUGGUUACGGCACCCCGUACGCCCACUUGGCGGACGUGACGGUGGACGCCUUGAGAGUAAUGGACCUCACCAGCGGCAGCACGCAAGAGCUCGUCAGCUCCGUCACCGGCUUUGCACACGCCUCGCGUAUAAACCGCAUCAUGGUGGUGAAGGUCGGGGCGGACCCUAGGGUGUACGCCGGGGACGAGGAGGGACGAAUAACCGCGUGGGCACGACCAAGCCCAGGGGCGCCCUUCGCCCAGCUGGCCCAGCUCGAAGGGCACGCGAGAGCGAUCACUUCCCUGGUGUCGACGGCGAGCAACGGCAUGCUCUGGUCGUCCUCGGAGGAUGGUACGAUCAGGAUCUGGAACACCGGCACGAACGUAUGCGAGCACACCAUCACAAAGGAUAACGGGGGUCACGAAGGCCCGGUUGCCGCUCUGGCGAUCGGGCAGAGCGCGGCCGAGGGCACCUUGGCGGAGUACGUUAUCAGCGGGAGCAAGGACGGGACGAUGGGCGUGUUCCAGGCGGCGGACGGGGGCUUGACCUACAAGCACAAGUGUGGGACCGGAGUCUCCGCCAUCGCGGCGUUCGACCCCACUCCGGGCACGAGCGCCCUCCUGCUCGUGGGCUACGAGGACGGGACGAUCGCGGUCCGAAAUUUCCCCGAGUUCGCGCUCGCCUUCGAGAUACACCCUACCUCCCUCUACGUCGGACACUCAAAACCCGUGCUCGCCCUCCUGCCCUUCAACAACCCUUCCAUCGACGACAGCUACUUUUUGUCGGCCGGAGAAGACGGGACGAUGAUGUGUUGGAACGUCCACAAGCUCACGGAUCCCUCUCCUGCCAAAUAACCUGCCAAAUAUUCAGAACCCGGGCUCCCCACAAACACAGCGGUAUGUAGAACUGCCGUGGGGCAUCGGGCACCCGUGAACUCCGAGAGGAAAGGCGGGGGCACAGCGGUAUGUAGGUUUACAGUGGGGCAUAGUUGAUAGGGACCCCGUGUGGUUGUCUGCUAGCUAACGGGCCCCGCGCGAUUCAAGUUCGCGGGAGAAAGGGGGCACCGUGAUAUGUAGGUUCGCCGUGGGUAAUAGGUGAGGGGUGACCCCGUGAUUUUGGUCUUGGGGGUCUGCUAGCUGACGGGCUCAUUCACCCAUGCGAUUAUGAAUGCGGAGUAUUUGAUUGUUGCGGUCGCUGCGAGAGAAGUCCAGAGGGUUCCUCGAACAGAUGUGCACGGUGCUGAUUUUCCGCCUGGAGAGUAGGCCUCAGCUCACAGAGCCAGUACGCAGCCAAGGCACACAGAGCAGAGGCGAGUAAUGUGCAGUAGUGCGGAAGGGUAGAUGAGACUGCGUCGAGAGCGCGGUGCGAUGGCCUGUUACUACUUUUAGGAAGGGAGGUCGCGAUCCAGCUGCAGUUUUUUUUUUUGUUAAGGGGCGCUGGUGGGAAAAGGGUUUAGAAGGUCACAGGGUAAAAUGAAGUGUUCGGUUUUUGUCGUUGCAGGUCCGACUGUAGUCUGUUUAAUUCUGUCGUACAAUGUUUUUUUUCGUGAGUCUGCUCCUUCCUCUCCAAAAAUGAGUUGCUCCCGAAAUUUGUUGAAGGUUGUUGCCUUCACCUUACUGUGCCGAUGUCUAUCCAGUACCUUCAGCUGCCCGUACAUUGUACCGAUCUGAGCUUGAGGGUGCACAUUAAUU